AUGAGUUCGACUCUUCAGAACAGCAUAACGGUUGCGCCCGUUGGAAAGAAAACUAGAGAAGAAGUUUUAGCUGAUUUUGAAAAUGAUUUAGUAAGAUUUGAAUCCAUGUCUUUGAAACUAUAUGGGCAUGACCAACCUUUGCAAUUUUCGAGAGAUAUGGUCCCCUUUCCUCAGAGACUUCAUUUUCGAUUACCCGAAUACUCCAUUUAUCUUUUGACGAUAAGGUUUAAGGUGAAGCAGAGGCCACUAAGAAAUUUGACUUAUCAUCAGACAGUGAAGAAAAAGAGGAUACCAGUAGAUGACCGAAAUCUAGAAAUGAAAGAAGAAGCCUCGGUUAAUAAUCUUGACGAUGAAGAUGACUAUCAUGAAGUGACAUUUGCUCCUUCUGGUGUACCGGGGGGAACGUUUUUGAGAGGCAAGUAUAAAGCUAGAAGUCUGGUUAAAGAGAAUGGAGUGUUAAUUUGGAGUUAUAAAUGGACUUUGGAGGUUAUCAAAAAGGGAUCCACUCCUGAAAUUGGUGGUUUUGGUGACGAAGAAGAAGAACCAGAUGAGUGA